AUGACUUCAGUUGCUAGCUUCUUCUUUGGCGUCGUGGUGGCUCUCAGCUGCCUCUCACUUCAGCAGCUUGCUUCGGCAGCUGAUCCCAGCCUUCUCCAAGACUUCUGCGUUGCAGAUUCCACCAGCAACUCCAACUUUAUAACAGUAUUGCUGAAUGGCGUGGCCUGCAAGAACCCAAGCACCGUCACCGCAAACGACUUCUACUUCCGAGGCCUCCACGUGGCAGGCAACACCAGCAACGCACAAGGCUCCAGGGUCACUCCGGUCUUCGCCACGCAGCUCCCCGGCCUCAACACGCUGGGAAUCUCCAUGGUCCGCAUCGACUACGCACCCGGCGGCCAGAACGCGCCCCACACGCACCCACGCGCCACCGAGAUCCUCACCGUUCUCGAAGGCAGCCUGGAGGUUGGAUUCGUCACCUCCAACCCAAAUAACAACCAUUUCACCAAGACCUUGUAUAAAGGCGACGUCUUCGUCUUCCCCUCCAACGCCGUCCACUACCAGCGCAACACCAACUGGAACGCGCCCGCCGUCGCCAUUGCGGCGCUCUCCAGCCAGAACCCCGGUGCCAUUACCAUCGCCAACGCGGUGUUUGGUUCCCAGCCGGGGAUCAGUGCUGACAUCCUGGCUAAGUCUUUCUCCUUGGACGUCGCCACCGUCAACUUUAUGCAGUCCAAGUUCUGA